GCCUUGAACUUGGACGUCGUCUCAAAGCGAUUGUUAUUCGAACUCCAGGCGGCCCUCACUUGUGAACACCACUUCCACGACCAACGCCUCCUGAUCAAUCAUGUCGCCGCUGCAUUGUGUGAGCACAUGAUACCUCAAGUCGUUCCUUACUACCAACCAACCCAUUUUAUUCCUCGUGAUCUUCAGGCACAAGCACGACAAGAUUUGGACAAAAGAUUGAAAGACAUUCAGUAUACCGGCUUGGUUGAGGAAUUCGUACCGAAGAUUUCAGACCUUCAGGAGUUGGGAGAGAAGCUUGAUUUUGACGAAGAGAGUGCGUCGAGCGACCUGGAAAUGAAAGUGGAGGAAAUAGUUGAGCAAAAGAAGAGAAAGCAUUUUGAACAGCUCGAGCAGAAACUAGAUGAGAUUGAGAAUUGGCGCAAGAAGAUGAGAGUAAACAUCUUUGGAGAUGCGGCGCAGGCGACCGUUGAAGAUGAGGCACCUAUCAUCGAGACUCCUGCCGAAGACGUUACAGAUGUCAUUAGAUCUUCUGUGGAAGACGUGACAGCGGUCAUCAAAACUCCUGCUCCUGAGCGUCCACUCACCAAUGCUCUACCAGCCACCGCAACAUUCCCCACAGGCGGCUACACACCCACAGUGUCGUACCAUUCGACCAGCACCAACGACGGCAACCAGGAGCGCUCAAUAUCGCCACUUGCUCGCUCAUCGCCCACCAUCGCGAGCCGCUUCGCCCUACCUGUUUCCACCCAGCGGUCAACCCACGAAGAAAUCCUACGACUCGUUGGCUGCAGAAAUUCUCCCAAGCCGAAGAGCUCGAGGGCUCCAGUGAGAGUGAAGGUUGAGCAUCAUGAUGAGGAAGCCGAUGACUUCUUCCGCCCGCUCUGAAAAGUGCUGUAAGCCGCAUGGUUGGCGGGGCUUUAAGUGUACAGACGACAGUACGUGGGGUUGGGGCAGAGCGAAGGUGGCCAACAGAGCAGAGAUCAGCGAGACUGUGGAUUGAGACUGUGGGCAAAAGAUCAUUGUUGUAAGUCAAAGAGCGACACAGGCUUAGAUGAACUUGAGCAUUAGUGGUCAGCGGCGAUGAAUCAGCUUCAUCCAGUACUGUAUGUGUAUCAAGAGCAUUGCUAGGUAGUCCUGUCCGUCAGGGGGAUGCAGUUGUCAGAUAUUUCAAAAGGGUGAAUGACUUGUACAAGCAGCGCAUUUCCCACGGGGACAGAUCGUUUCCUGGUUUGAUAUCACCUCAAUGCGGUAGUCGUGAGCCACAAG